ACUACUGCUGCUGAACAUAAAGGUCCUGAGCUAAUCAUCUCCCAGCACCCCCGGCAUAGCUGCAGGCAGCAGCACGGUACAGAGUCUCCUCACUGUCCACCCGACCGCCACAGACAGCGGCCUCUCCUCUGACAACAUGGCCGUCUUCACAGCAAACAGAAAGAAGAAACUCCUGGCCGUUGUUCUGGCUGUGUCUAUUGUCACCAUUAUCUUAGGCCUUGGUUUGGCUCUGGCACUAAAGAUGGAGAACUCUCAAAAUGAAGGUAGUACACUGGAGCACUGCAGGGGGCGCUGCUACCAGCCCUACGACCCCCUGGGGGCCGGCUGCAGGUGCGACGCCGACUGCACCGCCGCCAACGACUGUUGCUACGACUACCACGAUGUCUGUCUGCUACCCGCCGAGCAGUGGGAGUGCACCCGGCUGAGGUGUGGGGAGACCCGGACGGAGCGGAGCCGCUGCCACUGCUCCGCAGACUGCCUGCAGGCCGGAGACUGCUGCACAAACUACAAACAUGUCUGCCAGGGGGAGACGGCGUGGGUGGAGGACAACUGCCUGAACCUGACGGAGCCUAGCUGCCCCGCAGGCUUCCAGCGGCCCCCCCUGCUGCUGGUGUCUCUGGACGGACUGCGUGCGGACUACCUCCAGACCUGGGAGGGCCUGCUGCCCGUCCUGUCCAAGCUAGGGCGAUGUGGGACCUCAGCUCCAUUCAUGCAGGCAGCGUUUCCCAGCAAGACCUUUCCUAACCACUACACCAUCGCCACGGGCCUGUACCCAGAGUCCAACGGGCUGAUAGACAACGUGAUGUUCGACCCGGUGUUCAACGCGUCCUUCAGUCUGUCCAACGAAGAGAAAGACAACCCAGCCUGGUACCUGGGGCAGCCGAUCUGGCACACGGCGAGGUACCAGGGCCUGCGGUCCGGGACCUUCUUCUGGCCCGGCUCCGACGUCCGGGUCAACGGGAGCUACCCAGACCUGUACCGGCCCUACGACGGGAAAGUGCCGUUUGAGGAGAGAGUUUUCACCGUUCUCAAGUGGCUGCAGCUUCCAGUGGAAGAGAGGCCAGAUUUCUUUACUCUCUAUCUGGAGGAACCAGAUAAAUCUGGGCACAAGUUUGGUACAGUUAGUGGACAGCUGAGUGAGUCUUUGCGGGGAGUGGAUGACGUCAUGGGUCAGCUGAUGAACGGCCUGAAGCAGCUCAACCUCCACCGCUGCCUCAACAUCAUCGUCGUCGCCGACCACGGCAUGGAGGACACCAGCUGUGAGAGGAAGGAGGUUCUCCAGGACCUGGUGGACACCGAGGACCUCUGGGUGACGGACGGACCGGUGGGACGCAUCCGGGCCCGCAGCGCUGGCACCGUCUUGGACGCUGCCGCCCUGGUGGCCAACAUCAGUUGUAGGAAGCCGCAGCAGAAGAUCACUCCGUACCUGAAGCCUCACCUCCCCAAGCGCUUCCACUACGCCAACAGCCGCCGCAUCGAAGACGUCAACGUCCUCGUCACGCCCCGGUGGCUGUUAGAGAGGACCCGCGGCUCGCUGGCCUUCUGCUCGGGGGGGGCGCACGGCUACGACAACGAUGUGGAGAGCAUGCACGCCAUGUUCCUGAGCCAUGGUCCAGCGUUCCAGCAGCAGACAGUUGUCCAGCCCUUCUCGAACGUUGAGCUCUACAACCUCAUGUGUGAUCUGCUGCAGAUCUCCCCGAGCGCGAACAACGGCACCCACGGGAGUCUGAACCACCUGCUGAGGGAGCCCUUCCACCAGCCCUCCCCCCCCGCCGAGCGGAGCCCGCCCUCCCGCUGCCCCCUCCUCACGCUGGAGCCCGGCGACACCCUUGGGUGCUCCUGCCCCGCCAUCAGCGGGAAUGUCAUUCAACUGAACCGUCGUCUCAAUCUGACAACAGCAGAAGUGGGGGCGACCAUGGAGACUCAUGCGUUCCUGGGUCUCCCCGUGGUUCUGCAGCAGGGAGUGUCGUACUGCCUCCUCCCGCAGCAGGGCUUCGUCAGCGGGUACGGCCAGGACAUCUCCAUGCCCCUGUGGAGCUCCUUCAGCCUGGAGGCCCCGGCGGACCUGGACCCGUUGCCGGCGGUAACCGACUCCUGUCUCCGGGCAGAUGUGCGGCUUCCUCCGUCUAAGAGUCCCAGAUGUGACCAUGACCACAUCGCCGCUGGCAGCAACAUCAGCUACGCCUUCCUCUAUCCCCCAGGUCUGAACACCACAGCGGAUGAGCAGUUUGAUGGCCUGUUGAUGAGUAACGUGGUGCCCAUGUUCCCCGCCUUCAAAAAGAUCUGGGAUUACUUCCAGGGUACUCUGCUGAAGAAGUACUCCCAGCAGUACGGGGGCAUCAACGUGGUCACCGGACCCGCCUUUGACUACAACUACGACGGGCGCUUUGACUCCCAGGACCAGAUCCAUGAGUUCGUCCCCGGCUCCUCCGUCCCCGUCCCCACGCACUACUUUGCGGUCCUGACCAGCUGCUCCGACAUGGCCCAGACGCCGGCUGCCUGCUCCGGGAGCCUGAGCACCGUCUGCUUCCUGCUGCCGCAUCGCCGCGACAACGCCGAGAGCUGCCAGAGUGCAGAGAGUGAAUCUCAUUGGGUUGAAGACCUCAUGUGGUUCCACCAAUCACGGGUCCGAGAUGUGGAGUGGAUCACUGGAUUGGAUUUCUACCAGGGCAGCGGGCGACCAAUCACAGAGCUGCUUCAGUUGAAGGCCCGCCCUACGGCCGCCAUUAAGAGGAAGCUCUGAGGAGCUGAAGAACAGGUGGUCAGAGGAUUAGAUCCAAUCAAAUCUCUUCAAUCACAAGAAUCUCUUUUGCAUUCAGACAGUUUGACUGUAAAUAUAUUUAAUAUACUUUGGAGUCUGCCUAAUGAUACGAUAGUUUAUACUGUAAAUUAUGAUAGGAUAACUUUAUACUGUAAAUGCUGCCUGAUAUGAUCACUUUAUACUUUAUGAUGAAAUGAAAACUUUAUGACCUUUGUAUAUGUGACUGACCGGUGUGCUUUCUGAUGUUCCAUCAUUUCCCCCUCCACUAAAGCAUGUGGUGGGGGUGAAGUGUGUGUAAGUGAUCUUCUGACGAGCUGUGGAGAUGAUGACUUGUGACUGGUUGGCCUGAUCCUUACAGCUUCUGCUUUCAUAAAAUAAAGAAAAACCACUGAUACGAACUCUUAAAUAAAUACAAUUCAUUCAGAUGGGAAAGACAUUUGUACAUUAAUCCUUUAUUAGUAUUUAAUUCAU